AGUACUUAAUCACACAGUUAGAGCAGACGUAUAAUUUUGUUUCACACUUUAUUACGUUAACAGAAUAAUAUGAUAAUUUUUUAGCGUAAAACAAGCGCUUGUUUAAUUGAAAUGUAUUUAUUGAUUGCGGUAUUUUCUUUGGUGUUUAGUGUUUGUGUGAACGGCGCGGUGUUAAAAAAUGACUUGUUUAGAUUGGAUAUAGUGCAUUACAAUGAUUUUCACGCGAGAUUUGAAGAAACAACCAUAUCUUUUCCAGUAUGCAAAUCCAACGAUACCUUGUGUUUAGGAGGUUUCGCUCGUCUUUACUACGAGAUCAAGACUCUGCUCAAAGAGAAGCCUGGUGCCUUACUCUUGGAUGCUGGAGACACUUUUCAGGGCACCUAUUGGUACACGUUACUGAAAUGGAAUGUCACACAGAAGUUUAUCAAUUUGCUACCCAAUGACGCUCAUACCAUCGGCAAUCAUGAAUUCGAUGAUGGUGUAGCGGGCCUAGCACCUUACCUUGCGGCACUCCAAGCGCCUAUAGUAGUAGCGAAUAUUGACACUAGUUUAGAACCUUCGCUAAAUGGGUUAUAUAAACCACAUAUUAUAUUAGAACGAAAAGGAAGACGAAUAGGAAUCAUUGGACUUACAACAACAGAAACAAGGACGUCAUCAAAUCCUGACCAAGUGAAGUUUUUGGAUCCGAUAGCAACAGUACAAAGAGAGGCACAGAAUUUGACAGAUCAGGGAGUUGAUAUAAUUCUGGUGCUAUCUCACUGCGGGCUUCCAGUUGACAAGGAAAUAGCGAGCUCAGUCGGUGAAAAUAUCGACGUGAUAAUAGGCGGGCACUCCCACAGCCUUCUCUGGAAUGGCGAUUCACCCAGCAAGGAGCACGUUGCUGGACCAUAUCCUGUCCUGGUUAAAUCUGAAGCAAAUCCAGAUCAUGAAGUGUUGAUAGUAACCGCGGCUUGUUUUACAAAGUACCUCGGGAACCUUACCGUGUAUUUCGACCAAAUGGGAAACUUGAAAGAUUUUAGCGGUGAACCCGUAUUUCUUAAUAGAUCUAUUCCUGAAGACCCAGAAAUAAAAGCUAUAUUAAAACCCUUUAGUGAGAAAUUACACACUUUCGUCAAUGAAAAAGUGGGCUUCGCAGAAGAUAACUUACUUGCUAAACCCUGUGGUUCACAGGAAUGUGCUAUCGGUGAUUUUGUAGCUGAUGCCCUUCUAGAUGCCGCAAAGGAAAUGCAUGUCUCAAACUUAACCCACGUUUCAUUCUUGUUGAGGAAUAUGAUGCGCGGAUCAAUCCCUAAAGGAGAUAUAACAAGAGGCGAUGUAAUCAAUGUUUUACCCUUUACUAAUACGGUGGCAACUUUUGCACUUCAAGGAAAAUAUUUGAUAGACGCUUUCAGAAAUUGUAUGGGCAAUUACUGGGUUGCAAAACCAUUUCAAGGACCAUGGAUGCCUCAAGUAGCGGGUUUACGUUUAACAUUAAACUUGGGAGAUACAGUAACAAUAAAAGUAUUAGUUAAAGAAGGAGAAGAAUUCGUAGCAUUAGAUCCAGAUCAGGAAUAUCAAGUUACAACGUUCAAUUUUAUUAUUAAGGGCGGGAAUGGUUUUGAUAUGUUGAAAAACCAUGGAAGAAACCUGACGAUAGUGGGCAAAGAUUCAGAUAUUUUUGAAAGAUAUGUACGCAAAAAAUCACCGAUAGUACCUACAUUGGAUAAUAGACUUACUGUAAUAAAUUAAUUUUUAGUAAUAA